CCCGCCGUCAACGAAUACCCCCGUAAUCUGUGUUUACAAUUCUCGUUCUGUCUACAACGUUGUUGGUUAGGAAUCCGAGUGUUUCUUUUUAGCCCGUGUCUGCCACAACGUUACCAAAAUGUCUCUGGUCAUUCCCGAGAAGUUUCAACACAUCCUGCGUAUCCUCAGCACGAACAUCGAUGGCAAACGUAAAGUCAUGUUCGCCAUGACCGCCAUCAAAGGUAUCGGCAGGCGGUUUUCCAACAUCGUUUUGAAAAAGGCCGACGUCGAUUUGAACAAGAGGGCCGGAGAAUGUACCGACGAAGAAGUAGAGAAAAUUAUUACUAUUAUGCAAAAUCCUCGUCAAUACAAAAUCCCUGAUUGGUUUUUGAAUAGACAAAAGGAUAUUGUCGACGGUAAAUACUCCCAACUUACAUCCAGUUCCCUCGACAGCAAAUUACGUGAAGAUCUGGAAAGGUUGAAGAAAAUCAAGGCUCACCGUGGUCUCCGUCACUACUGGGGUUUGAGAGUGCGUGGACAACACACCAAAACUACCGGUCGUAGAGGAAGAACUGUUGGUGUAUCUAAGAAGAAAUAAGUUAAAUAAAAGUGAUAAUUUUUAUUCAAA